AUGAAGUACCCCAAGUCUUCUGACAUAUCUACAAAUGACUGGAAACAGAUGCAACGUGCCCAUUGGCUCAAACAUUGUGACCAGAGUGAAAACCUCAAAUUAUGGAAAGAGAUCCGCGAGUUCUGGGAGGGGACCUCAAGCAACACAGAUGAGUCUUCAAAAGUAGUAUACAACCGUAUCAUGGCUGAACGCAACGCCUUUGCCCUCAGUUGCCAAGCUUAUUCACGCCUUGAGGAUAUUUAUGUGGGAGGAUUCAUCUUAUACACAGGGACUGAGGAAGCAGGUCGCCGAGCGGCAGGGGUGUUUGCUAGUUCGCCACUUAUUCUAGACCUCAUCAACAAGAAGCAAGCAGACAUCAAGGAACUUGCUGACUACUUUACGACUGUCAUCAAGUACAAUCACAUCAAUGAUGAUGCUUCUUUACCGUCCUUUACUUGUAUUACAGCACCGAAAUUCAAUCCUGAACUCUUAUGCGAGAAAGGGGAGGGAACUCGUGACCGUAAUCGCCAUGUAGCUCCUAUAAUGAUGCUAGAAAAGUUUGUUAUAGAAGGAGUCAGCAUUCCACACGAGGCGGAAAAUAUUCCCUGGAAGACUAUGCUCAACUCACCAUACCUUCACCAAGUACAGAUUGUUGACUGGCCUGCAGGUGUGUCUCCUGUGGGCUCUGAAUUCAUAUUCAAGGACUUGAAGACCGAUGAGCUGAAGGCACUCGUUGGCCCCUACUUAAAGUGUUGCAUGGGCACUCAAUACCAUGCGGAGCUUGCUCGUGUUGAACACUGGGAGCUGAAGAAGAAAAGGAAAGAUAAGUUAAGUGGGGUGAAGAUUCCUGAGAAAGAGUUGAUGUUCAUGCUGUGGUCAGAUGAGUCUAAAGUAUUGAUGGCCAACAAAGAUCCUGCAGUGUUAAAUGUCCCCCUCAUUACUGACCCAGAUGGUAAUGUCCAGCGCACUCUAAUGGAUUGCAUUCAAUUUAUGAAGAAUCUUCCUGCUCAUAUUGAGCCACCGGACUCUGCUGAGUGCCCCUUCAUCAACCUUCAUUGCAGCAAGGUGUCGUCGUGCAUGGUUCAAACUGCCAACAUAUGUCUCGAGCGACUUGCCCUGCACCUGCCUUACCGAAAUCUCGCAAGGUUCAAGAAUUCGUACCUGUCCGAAAGCGCCAAUGAGAUGAGAAGUGAUGGCGAGGGUGCAAUGGUCAGCAGACGAAUUCAGGACAGUGCUAUGUACACCAUCCACCUUGUCUACCUUGUCAUCAUAGUUCAUCGCCGCCUAUGCACCCAUCUCGUCAAUAUGCUUAUCCUCAGUCCAGACCUCCCAUCCGACACCAGCUUGGGUAUCUCUGGCAGAGCAGAAGAGGAGUAUGACAAGGAUGACGAGGAUGGUGCCUAUAAUACUGAUUUCUACACUGAUUAUUAG